CAGACAUCAUGCGAGCGUGACACUCGCUCCGGAGGCGCUCUCCCACAGGGGUCAAAUAGCAUGUGCGACUGUUUUCCAGAUUGGGACCCGCAAUCUGGAACCGAGGAUGCUCCCAAGCUGCAGCGUGUACGUGAGCGUCAUAUCAAAUCAAGCCGUUGGUCUACGCGGCCGCACGUUGCGGUGCCGUGCCAAUCGCGCCAGUGGAGACGCGAAUUGACUCUUCCGCAACACAUAUGCCAGGCCUUUAAGUUAGCCUCGAUCCACGACGUGCUUUUCCCUCCGUCGUUUGUAGGUGACCAAGACCAUGUGGAACCCAUUGCAUCCUCGUCCUGCGCCGCCUGGGUUUGGCGAGGGUAAGGAAGUUCCAAUAGGAGAAGCUUCGUGGAUUUCCAGACUGCUCUUCGGCUGGCUCGGUCCAUUUUUGAAAGUGGGCUUCUCGCGUCCAUUGCAGAAGGAUGACCUAUGGCAACUUCCUCCUGAACGACUCACAGACGCCCUCACAGAUGUCGUGGAACGAGAAUUUUAUGCGCGAUGUUCCCCGGAUAAACGCCCCCGGUUUCUACGCCAAGCAGAAACGAACAAGAACGAUAGACCUAUUUCUGAACAGUCGACACGAAUUGUCACGGUUGAAGACGAGAAGAGUAUUUCCGAUACGGAACCGGUCAUUGAUGAGAAGAAAGACGUAGAUGUCGAAGCAAACACCACCCCUAUCGAGGAGUUGUCGCAAGGAACGGAAACAUCUGAUACAGGUCACAAGUACGAUGAGUCGCUGCUCAAAGCACUGCACAACGCGUACUUCAGUCUUUGGUGGACAGCUGGCUUUUUGACUCUCAUCGGAACCAUGCUAAACACUACAAGCCCGCUCGUGAACCAAGUGAUUCUGACAUGGCUCGAAGACGUGUAUAUCUACUGGAAGCUCCCUGAAUCCGAGCGUGUAGUGAUCGACAAACCCAAGGGCAUCGGAUAUGGAAUUGGACUUGCGUUCGCGCUAUUUGUCAUGCAAGAGGCCUCCAGUCUGAUGACGUGUCACUACUCGCUGAAAUCGAUGGAGGUCGGAAUGCUCAUGCGCACGAGUAUUAUUGGCACCAUUUUCAGGAAGUCUCUACGCCUCAGCGCUAGAGCGCGGCUGGAACAUAGCGUGGGCAAGAUAACGACCAUGAUCUCUACAGAUGCAACCCGAUUGGAGAAGAACACGUACUAUGCUCACAAUCUUUGGAUUGCUCCUUUACAGAUCAUUAUUGGAGUAGCACUCCUGUUAAAGACUCUGGGUUAUUCUGGACUCGUCGGCGUCGGUGUCAUGAUCCUCGGCCUCCCAGCCGAGUUGAUUUGCGUGUUUGCCUUGUUUAAGCAGCGUAGCAUGGGUGUUGUGCUGACGGACAAGCGCGUGCGGACCAUCAGCGAGGUUCUAUCAGGCAUUCGGCUCAUCAAGUUCUUUUCAUGGGAGGGCUUUUUCGCACACGAGGUCUCUACUAUUCGGCAGAAGGAAGUACAUCGGGUGCGGUUGAUGGGUCUCGCCCUAGCCAGCCUGAUAAGUGUGGUGACGAUGAUACCAGUCCUGGCUGCUGUCCUCUCAUUCAUCACGUAUGCUCUGAGCGGCCACACUUUGAACGUCUCGAUCAUCUUCACGUCGCUGCAGUUUUUCAACAUCAUUCGGAUGCCGCUGAUAACCCUACCGAUGGUCCUCGCACAUGCCACGGACUCCGUCGUUGCCUUAAAGCGUAUCUCCAAAUUUCUCCUAGCAGAGGAGCUCAUCGAGCCGUACACGAUCGAACCGUCUAAUAAGUACGCCAUAGAUGUCGAGGGCGACUUUACCUGGGACACAGCGCACAAGCCUGCGGAAGAGAAGAUCUCAGACUUGAAUGCGAAUGCAUGGAAGAGACGUCCUGAGCGCCCUCCUCCCCCAAAAAAAACCGAGCGUCGAUCUCGUUGUCUGGGAAAGCGCAAGAAGAAUCCGCGUGAUAAUAAGGGCGAGCUCGGCCAGGCUCCUCAGGAAGGCUCAGCCAGCGCUGCUGAGGAUGGGGAGAAGAACGAGAAGCCCUUCGAGUUGAAAGACUUCAACUUCAAAGUCCCAAGAGGAUCUUUUGUUGCCGUAUUGGGACCUAUCGGGUCUGGCAAGAGCUCUCUGCUGCAAGCGCUGAUCGGUGAGAUGCGGAGAGUUAGCGGUCAUGCCACGUUCUCUUCGCAGAUAGCGUAUGUUCCUCAGACUCCGUGGAUCAUAAAUGCCAGUCUUCGGCAGAACAUCACCUUUGGCCAGCCAAAUGAUGACCAGAGAUUCCGAGAGGUGGUGAGAGCCUGCUGUCUCGAGCGCGAUCUCGAAAUGCUCCCUCAAGGUGAAAACACCGAGAUAGGAGAGAGAGGAAUCAACUUAAGUGGAGGUCAGAAAGCCCGCGUGUCAUUGGCACGAGCUGCAUAUUCUGGCGCGGAUAUUGUGCUCAUGGAUGACGCGCUGAGCGCUGUCGACGCCCACACCGGCAAGCGAAUACUAGAGGAUUGCUUCAUGAAUGGUCCGCUGGGAUUGAAGACUCGUGUGCUGCUGACGCAUGCACUGCACCUUGUUGUCAAGACGGAUUACAUCUAUAUCAUGGACAACGGCGCGAUCGUUGAGCAGGGGACUUUCAGUGACUUGAUGAAAAGCAGUACGAGAUUCGCCCGUAUGAUGGAGGAGUAUGGGAAUUUGGAUAAGAUUGAAGAAGAAGACGAUGUUGGUGUUCAAGCAGCGCAUUCUCUCACUGCGUAUAGCGGCAAGGGGAAGAAAGACGACGGACCCGGCCUAAUGCAGGUGGAGGAGCGCUUGACAGGAGCCGUGUCUUGGAAGACGUAUAACACUUACUUCCGGUAUGCCGGAGGGGUAUUUUGGUUGCCUUUGAUUGGGACUUUGCUGUGCCUCACGCAGGGGGCGUCAGUUGCCAACAACAUUAUGUUGGGAUUUUGGACGGCUGAAAGUGUCGCGGGUUUCACUCAGUCUGAUUAUAUGGCCACAUAUGCGACCCUCGGGGUAGCCAAUGCGCUAUUUUCUUUCUUCCUCAGCUUUGCUAUUACCCUAGCGAGUUUGUACGCUGGCCUGCGGAUGUUCGAGAAGGCAUGGAAUAGCGUGCUGCACUCACCCGUGUCAUUCUUUGACACUACGCCAAUGGGUCGCAUCCUGUCACGCCUGUCGAAGGACCAAGAUACCAUCGAUGCAGAACUAUCCAUGACAACGUACCAGUUCAUGUCCUCACUAAGUUCUGUCGUUGGAACGGUGUUUCUUGUAUUCUACACGUUCCCCUACCUAGGCAUCAUGUUCGUGCCGCUGACGAUCGCGUACUACCUCUCUGCGCUGUACUAUCGCCGAAGCUCGGUGGAAACGAAGCGAUUGGACUCCAUCCUUCGAUCAUGGUUGUAUGCCGCCUAUGCAGAAACGUUAACUGGACUCAGCACAGUUCGAGCCUUUGGAGAGGAGAGCCACUUCGUGCGGAAGACCGAAAAGGGUCUGGACUUGGAAAACCGAGCGUAUUAUAUGGUCAUUGCCAUCCAGCAAUGGUUGGCAACUCGAUUGGACCUGCUCGGGAAUCUGCUCGUCCUUGGAAUCGCUCUGUUCGCUGCCGGAUAUAGUAAAUCCAUCAAUCCUAGCAAAGUGGGCGUGGUGAUCUCGUACACCUUGAGCAUUACAUCUACCUUCUCUCAACUUGUCUCCACGUACGCUCAGAAUGAGCAGAACUUCAACUGUGUUGAACGUAUCCUUCACUACGCUGAUCUACCAUCGGAAGGGAAUGCCACCACUCCGAACGACCCGCCGCCCUCUUGGCCGGAGAAGGGACAUGUCGAAUUCAAAGAUGUAGAGCUAGCAUAUCGCCCUGGGUUGCCGGUAGUUCUCAAACGCGUCAGUUUCACAGUAAAUUCAGGCGAGAAGGUCGGUAUUGUUGGGCGGACAGGGGCAGGCAAGAGCUCUCUCAUGCAGGCGCUCUUCCGAAUUGUGGAAGUCCAGGGCGGCAAGAUUGAGAUCGAUGGCGUGAAUAUCUCCGAUAUCGGCCUGGCAACUUUGAGAAGCCGCAUGGCAUUGGUUCCUCAAGACAAUGUACUCUUCAGGGGCACGCUCAGGCAGAACUUAGAUCCAGCAGGUAGUCGUCCAGACGCUGAGAUGAUAGCAAUCCUCCAGAAAGCAUGGUUAUUGCCCAGAGACGGUCAACACGAUCCUGUUGCCGAAGCCAAAUUCAGCUUGGACUCUACUGUUGACGACGAGGGAUCCAACUACUCUGCUGGAGAGAAGCAGCUACUCGCACUGGCCCGUGCUUUGGUCAAGAAUAGUCGCAUCAUCGUUCUGGACGAAGCGACGAGUAAUGUGGACCUGCAGAACGAUGCCAAGAUCCAGCAAACGAUACAGACAGAGUUCUCCUCCUCGACUUUGUUGUGCGUCGCCCAUCGUCUCAACACUAUCGUCUACUACGAUCGUGUGCUGGUGAUGGACGCGGGUCAAGUGGUCGAAUACGACACGCCUCUCAAUUUGUACGACAAGGAAGACUCGAUCUUCCGUUCUCUCUGCGAUGAGGCGAGGCUUGCGAGACAGGAUAUUGUACGAAUCAGGGCAAACGUGCCCACUGCGGGUCAUACCGAUAUCAAUGAUUUGUGAUCAUGGAGAUGAGAUUCAUUUGGCGUGCAUGACUUACUGUACUGUUUCUAGAUGGUCCGGUUCGUCGACUUGAUGUAUUAACGAUAGAUUCACGAUAUAUAUCGGUUCACUCCACCUGCUAGAUAUUUCAACAGAUGCGC